AUGGUCAUGGAGAAAAUGAUCUCGGAGAAGAUGUGUGCAGAAUAUGGUAAAAAACAGGAAGACUCUGAUAUGAGUGUUACUACUGAUCUUGAAAAUAGCGACAUGCAAUAUACAGGACCAGCAAAUUUACCCCCAAGACUUCGUAGACAAUCCUCCGACAGUCAGGGGAGGCAGCCAUCCCUAGUGUACAGUCAGGAACCACAGAAAUACCCCUCACCCCAACUUGAAAGCUGGGAUAAUGAAGUAGAUGACUAUGGACAAACAUUCACCUUACAUCAUGAUGUUCACAAACCCAUUACCAUGGCAAUGGAGAAGAAACAACUGGCUGACUCAACAAAUCCCUUUCUUGCUCCUGCUGCAAAAGAGGUUUCUAAGGUACAGCCAAACAAGUCAAAGACUGGUCUGUGUGAUAUACCUCUACCUAAAGAAGCCAGGACGUCCGAAGAAAAGGAGGAGGCUGUUGAAGAAUGGCAAGAGGUACAGACAAAGAGAAAACGUCACUCUAGUAAGGAACAGCAGAAAGAACUUCGUAAAUUCUCAGCUCCAUAUCUAAAUUCUGCUCCAGUUGCUGGUAAUAAGCAACAAAAGGCUUCAAACUUUGACAGACUGGUUGGACGAAUGCAGCAAGAGUUCCCACAUGCUAGCAAACAAGAAGUAGUAGAUGCUAUACAGAAAAUCAGAGUAUCCCGUGGCAGUUUAAGUGGACUGAGCAUGGAAGUCAUCCUAGAAAAGGCUCAGGCUUUUAUCAGACCAGGACAGAAAAAGAUACCUGGUCUAUGGGCUGAGCAGAAGAAGCCUUCGCAGACGUUGAAUCUUCCACCCAGAAAGCAACAGUCUACAACUAAACCUGUAAGUUUACUGGAUUUGAAACUUCCACCUAGAAAGUCUGCCUCGGUAGGUUUACUUAAACUGGACAUUCCACCCAGAAUGCAACAUUUGUAUGCCGGAUCUGAUAAAUGUGCAAAUACAUUUGAAGAGGAUAUAUGUGUGAUAUGUCAUGAUCCACUGACCACAGAGCCUGUGAAAGAACUGGACUGUAUGCAUGUGUUUCAUUCACAGUGUAUCAGUCAGUGGGUAGAGAGAGAACGAACUUGUCCAACGUGCCGGAAACUUGCCCUGUUCCCAGAAGAAUUUCCAAGGCUUGGAAAAUAGAACACAAGAAUAUAUAUUGUGCCUUUGAAAUCACCUUGGACAGACCAUAUUAAUUGCAUUGAUCUCAUUUACAAUAUUUUACUGCUGUGCGUGGCUUUCAACUCUGAACGUUUAGUCUGAAGAACUUGAGUGUACAUCAUUUCUGAAGGAAGUAUGGAUGCACAAUUUUGGACAUUUCUAAUGAUAAAACGAAGUUCUUGAUAUUAGAAUAUGAAUAAUGUGUAUGUGAUCAAUGAUAAUGUGAUAAAACAAAAAGUAUUGUGAAAUUGUCACAUCGCCGCAAAAAGUGGCUAACUACAUUGAAAAUGAGAAGCAAGGUACCAGUUUUUUUUCAGAUGAGGUGAAGAUUAUUACCGGGGUAAUAUCGAGGCAACAAAAGAAACACAUGCAGACAUGUUCUGAUUGGUACCUGACACUUUUUUUUUUCUUUUUUUCUUUUUUGAAAAUACUGCAUUAAUACAAUGAAAUUGCUAGGAUUCUGGAAAACUAAAGAUUUCAGAUCACUAGAUCAGCUUGAUUUAUUUGGUAACAUUGUACUUUGAUUUUGUAAAGGCUUCAGACCACUAGGUCGGGUUUAUUAAGCUGGUUACAUUUUACUUUGAUCCUGUAAAAUGUUCAGACCUCUAAGUCAGCUUGAUUUAUUUGGUAACAUUGUACUUUGAUUCUAUAAAGCGUUCAGGCCCCGUGUUCACAAAACAUUUUUCGGUCUUAGCUAAAUUUGAGCUUGAAAUUUUGAAAACUUCAUGGUCAAAUUCCAAUUGAGACUGACCAUCAAUACUGAAUAGCCGCUUGAAAAUAGCUAUUAACUUAAAAUUUUGUUUUAAACAUGCUAUUUAGGUAUAAAUGACAUAUAAAAUAUCAUUAACAAACACAGCUGAGACUGAAAAUGUUUUGUGGACAUGGGGCCAGACCUAAGUCAGUUUGAUUUAUUUUGUAACAUUGUACUUUGAUUCUGUAAAGUGUUCAGACCUCUUAAGUCAUCUUGAUUUAUAUGAUUACUUUGUACUUUGAUUCUGUAAAGGCUUCAGACCUCUUAAGUCAUCUUGAUUUAUUUGAUAACAUUGUACUUUGAUUCUGUAAAGGCUUCAGACCUCUAAGUCAGUUUGAUUUAUAUGAUUGCAUUGUACUUUGAUUCUGUAAAGGCUUCAGACCUCUAAGUCAGCUUGAUUUAUUUUGUAACAUUGUACUUUGAUUCUGUAAAGGCUUCAGACCUCUAAGUCAGCUUGAUUUAUAUGAUUACAUUGUACUUUGAUUCUGUAAAGGCUUCAGACCUCUAAGUCAGCUUGAUUUAUAUGAUUACAUUGUACUUUGAUUCUGUAAAGGCUUCAGACCUCUAAGUCAGUUUGAUUUUUUGAUUGCAUUGUACUUUGAUUCUGUAAAGGCUUCAGACCUCUAAGUCAUCUUGAUUUAUUUGAUAACAUUGUACUUUGAUUCUGUAAAGGCUUCAGACCUCUAAGUGAGCUUGAUUUAUUUUGUAACAUUGUACUUUGAUUCUGUAAAGGCUUCAGACCUCUAAGUCAUCUUGAUUUAUAUGAUAACAUUGUACUUUGAUUCUGUAAAGGCUUCAGACCUCUUAAGUCAUCUUGAUUUAUUUUGUAACAUUGUACUUUGAUUCUGUAAAGGCUUCAGACCUCUAAGUCAGUUUGAUUUAUUUGAUAACAUUGUACUUUGAUUCUGUAAAGGCUUCAGACCUCUAAGUCAUCUUGAUUUAUUUGAUAACAUUGUACUUUGAUUCUGUAAAGGCUUCAGACCUCUAAGUCAUCUUGAUUUAUAUGAUUACAUUGUACUUUGAUUUUGUAAAGGCUUCAGACCUCUAAGUCAGCUUGAUUUAUAUGAUUACAUUGUACUUUGAUUCUGUAAAGGCUUCAGACCUCUAAGUCAGUUUGAUUUUUUGAUUGCAUUGUACUUUGAUUCUGUAAAGGCUUCAGACCUCUAAGUCAGUUUGAUUUUUUGAUUGCAUUUUACUUUGAUUCUGUAAAGGCUUCAGACCUCUAAGUCAGCUUGAUUUAUUUUGUAACAUUGUACUUUGAUUCUGUAAAGGCUUCAGACCUCUAAGUCAGCUUGAUUUAUUUGGUAACGUUGUACUUUGAUUCUGUAAAGGCUUCAGACCUCUAAACCAGCCUGAUUUAUUUGCUAAUAUUGUACUUUGAUACUGAAAAGGCUUCGGACAACUAAGGCAGCUUAAUUUAUUUGAUUAUAGUAUACAUUAAACCAUUUAUUUUGAUAUUAUAAAAAGCAUUAUUGAUAGGGUUCUUGCAGAAAUAGUACAUUAAUUUUCAUGUAAGGUUGUAAUCCUGUUUCCAUUGUUCAUUCUUUUUAUGCCUUUUUUCUUGCGUUUAAGACAAUCAUGUAUGUUGCAAUAGUUUUCCAUACUAGUGUUCAGAUAUCUUCAGCUUGCAAUAAUUAAGGUGCUAAUUUUUUCUUUCAGGCCUAAAUUAAAAUUAAGUUUGUUUGACCUUUACCGACCCAGUAUUUUUACAGUGGGUAGGUAGGUAGGUAAAUAAUUUUAUUAUAUUUAAGAUUUUUUUUAAUGUUUGUUGUCUCAGUAAUAAUAAAAAAUAAAGUCUAUUUAUUAAUACCUAUUGCUUGUAGAUAAUCUCGGAAGAUGCUCUGUUAAAUGUAUGCUUGUAAUAAACCCCUAGCCCUAUUCAUGCACACACAAUAUGGGCACAGACUUAAUUUGCACAUAAGGCAAAGUUGACAAAG